GGCAGUGCAGUGCGGUGCGGUGCGGUGGGCAGGGAUGAGCAGCCCGGCGGGGCCGGUGCCGGGGCCGGUGCCGGGUGCCGGGUGUGUGUGGCCGCUGUUGGGCUGCGCUGCUCAGCUGUUACUCGGUGCGGCUGUGGCGCGGAGGGUCGGGAGGCGCUGCUCAGCCCCGGACAGGGCCGCCCUGGUGUGGCUCUGCUACGAUGCGAUCGUGCACUUCACCCUUGAGGGUCCGUUUGUUUGUAUGUCCUUGUUUGGGACAGUGGCACAAUAUGAUAACAUCCUUGCUGUUCUAUGGAAAGAGUAUGGAAACGCAGAUGCAAGAUGGCUUUAUUCCGAUCCCACAAUUGUAUCACUAGAAAUCCUCACUGUUGUGUUGUGUGGGUUUUUAGCAUUGAUUCUCAUAUAUGCCAUUGUCAAAGAUAAAUAUUACAGGCACUUUGUGCAGAUCACGUUGUGUGUUUGUGAGCUCUAUGGCGGCUGGAUGACCUUCUGUCCUGAUUGGCUCAUUGGGAGCCCCAACCUGAACACCAGCAACUGGCUGUACCUCUGGGUCUACUUGGUUUUCUUUAACAGCGUUUGGGUAAUAGUGCCAGGGCUGUUACUGUGGCAAUCGUGGUUAGCCCUAAAGGAAAUGCACCAAAAGAAAAAUGAUGCAGUGAAAAAAUUAGACUGAGGAAUGGCAUACUGGAAAGCAAGUGAAUCUUUACCAGGAAUGAUUUGUGCGAUGAUGUGCAUCUUUAAUAUUAGGACCAAUGGGAAAAAUAAACUUGACUAACGUAUUUGCUAGUUCAUAGAAAUGGCCAAAAAGAGGAUUGAACAUUUGAGAUCAAUCAUGCAUUCCCAACACUUAGAUUUCUUGUGUAAUUUAAUUUAAAUAAAAUAAAAAAUAAACUAAACUAAAUAUCUACAACAUUUUAUAGCUUACAACUCAAAAAAAUCUAACAUUAGAUAAUUAGAGUUAGAUUCAUCUAUAAGCAGUACUGAAUAUCUUGAAAAAUCAAAAUGUCAAAGGUAGGGGAUGUACUCAUCUCAAUCAUGACAUGGGGCUGCAACAUUUUUCUGUAUUAAAUUAGCAAAUAAUUAUUGUUAAAUAAGUAAAUAACUGGAGAGAAUAGGUGGGAGGCUAUCAUUCGUGGUUUGUUUUAAUUGUAAGUUAGAUGUAAAAUUCACUUAAAUACUUCCAGCAUUUGGAUAUCACAAGGAUUAAACCUGUAUGAUUCACUUCAAUUAAAAUAGUACACAGAGUGGAUUCAUGAUACACCAUUUUACUAAUAUUUUCACUUGUGCCUCCACUCCCUCUCCCAUGGAAGCAGUGCCUGUUGCCUCUUUCUGAGUGAGUACUUUCUCCAGAACUUGUCUAGCAUUAUAGAUAAUAUCCCAAGCAAGACUUUAAUGUACGUUAAGGCCAUUAAGGGUGACAUUAGAAAACUUUUUUCACACAGGAUUAGCAGAAUAUGAAAUGCAUUGCCACAAAUGGCUGUUGAUGCUGAGUCCAUAACAAUAUUUAUAAAUUGUAAAAACUUAAUGAAAUGUUUAAAAUUAUGAGUUUUGAUAAGGUAACCAGGGAGAAACCGUUUCUAUGACUUAUACAGUUUGUCUGCAACUCAGACAUAUAGUAAGUCAUAUUAAAUGUUAUGCUCCCACUGAUAUGACUUAUGUGAAUUUUACUGUAUUAACUAAUCUUGGGUAUGAGGUGUGAUAAAAUCUGUAACUAAAUUACUGAAGGUUUUGUGUAAUGUUUCCCGUGUAUUCUUUGAUUGUGCAAUUGAGUUCAGUGAUUUUAUAAUGAAGCAAUAAUCAGAUUGUUCAAGUUAAUAAUUAAUUCUUCUAACAAUUCUGCUGGUUUCAUGGGAGUUGCGUCUCCAUAUAUCAUCUCAAUGUAAACAUCUCAUAACAUGGUUAUCUGAGAAUAUAUGAUGUUCAAUUAAAUUCUGAAGUAUGAGUUAGCAACUGUGGGAUCUAAAAGAGAUUUUAGGAGGAACUACUUCACACAGAGGUCAGGUAGAUUGUGGAACUCACUCGCUGCACAGAAUUGCCACUGAACCAUGAUGAUCCAGGAACAGAAUCCACCACUUUGUCUUGAGUGUACAGGCAAUUGAAUAUAAUAGUAAAUAUUGUAUCGUAAUAAUUCUGCAGAUUGGGUCCAGAAAUGCAGUGUUGAUGGCAAAGGACUUUUUCCCAUGAAAUCUCAGAUUUACAUUGUCUGUUUUUUGUUGUAAUCAUUCUACGUGUGUGUUCAAAUAGUUCUUCGUUGCUCUGAGUUCCUGGGUGUACAGUGGAGAAGUGCAGUCCAGAGGAUUGGUAGCAAUUUGUUCUUCAUUUUAUGACUGUUUGUGGAAACUUGCUGUGCAUACAUUGCUGCUGUGUUUGCCUACAUGCUGUAAUAUAGUCUGGUGUGGACACUCUUUAGCGGUGAUGGGUUUCCACACGUGUCAGCCCACGCCAAAAAAACAUUUAUGUUUAUCAAAUACAUUUUCAUUGCUGAACUAAUGAAGUAUGCUUCCAUGAUGGCUCUUAAAGGAUUAUGUUAAUGAACUUUAUUCGUCUAAAACA